AUGAUCGCUCAAUUCUGGAGACUUUCCCUUGCACUUUUUUGGAUUCUAGCUACAAGAGUCGAUGGAAAUGAGAGUACUUUGGAUGAAACAGAAAAGUUUGUAUUCGGAGUCUACAAAGAUCCUCAAAAUUCAACUUCUCGCAUGUUAUUUCAUAUCUGUUUUUAGGCCUGCCAACGUAAAGAAGUAUGAGUCCACAGCCUCGAAACUGACAAACCAUCUGCUUUCCCAACACAACAAACAUGCCGCCCCGGAUGGCGUUGUUGACGUCCACUACGAACUGGAGCUAGUCCACAUUCUCAAGAUUGAUGAGCUCAAACAAACUCUAAGCGCCUUGGUUUACGUUGAUGAGGUAUGCAAUAAGGGAAUUCAUUUGUGGUUCUUUGAAAUCUGUCUGGAAAUUAUGAUUUUAAUCAAUAUCACGUGAAAUUUUAUUUUAAGAAAUGGACCGACCCUUCGCUUCAAUGGGACCCCAACUUUUUCAAUAACACAAAGAAAACCUGGCUUCCAAUGGCUUCACUGUGGCUACCGGACAUUAUAAUCUUUAACAUGUAAGUGAAAAAUCUUGAUAGAAUCGUAAUUCUCACAUGAAUUCUCCUCAUUCAUGCAGGCUCUCGGCUUCUAGGCUUGAAUUUGAAAAUCUCUUGAGUGGAAUUCAAGCAACCGUUCUUGUGUACAGCAACGGCACCGUCGAAUACUCCCAUCCGAGCGUUUACACAGUUUCCUGCGAGAUUAAUAUUAAAGUAUGCGAAUGACAAUUUCCCGACGCAAUUUUUACAGCACUUUCCAUUAGACGACCAGAAAUGCGCUCUGGAAAUAGCCAGUUGGAGCUAUGGGGAAGAAAAAAUACGACUGGUGCCGCACAGUGAACACAACUUACAACAUUACACGCCGAACGAGGAAUGGCAGCUUCUGAAUGUUUCCGUUCAACGGAAAAAAUACGAACACGAGGGGAUUGUGGUAAGUCAACGUACGAAAAAGUCUUUGUGGGGUGUUCCGAUUUGCCCAAAAAUUCUUAAGUCCAAUAGAAAUUAGGACGAAAUUUUUUUGAAAUCUUAGAGAAUGUAGUCAAGCUGUGUGCCAAGCUUCAUUAAAAUCUGACCGCCACACUUUGAGCCCUUCCCAGCCUGUUGAACACAGCAGUUCCCCUGAUUCGAUUCACGUUUGAUUAUGUAAGAAAAGAAGGUACCGCUACUUUCAGGUCAACGAACUCUUUUAUGAGAUCUCGGUUCGACGAAAACCGUUAUUUUACUUUAUAACCGUUACAAUUCCGUCCUACGUCAUGUGUGUCAUCACUGUGAUUGGAGUGUUUGCGAGAGCAAGCACCACUUCCGAACGGAUCGAACGCUUCACUUUGGGUGUAAUGGCGACAAUCACCACCACAUCAACAGCCGUUUUGUCCUUGGUGGUUUCCGAGAAAGUCCCACACUCAUCCACCGCUAUUCCAUUGUUGGGUAAUUAGCCAUUCUUUUAUCCAGUGGACCUUGUUAUAGUUGCUUAUUUUCUGUACAAUAUGGUGAUCCUCAGUGUGGCGGUCGUUUUGACUUCGGCAAUUCUCCGAAUCCACCGGAAGGGCAGAUUCGGCGCAGAGCCACCGCUAUGGGCGAUGAAUCUCCUCUUUCUUAAACCGUUCAAAUCGGCUAUGUUCAAGGUAAGAACCGCUGAUUCCAGCAGAGCAAAUUGACUUACAUGCUAGGCCCAGAAAAGCCCAUUGUUCAACGCCGGACAUAAAAAUCAUCAUUGCGACGAAGUUUGGACACAAGACUUGUUAACAACCAAAACGCAUCGAAUUCUGCUCUCUGCAGUCGACUCGGAUGUAAAUCAUAAGCUGCAUUUGAUUGUAGAGGCCAUGAACAAUCUGUGCAACGUUUGGAAGGGAGUCAGAGUAAGCAAGUCGACUUUUGUCUAGGUCACUGUAAUCUAAAGAAGGUUUUAUUCGAAAUAUAGUUCUCCCUAUCGAUUACAGGACUCGAUCAACUCCACAACGCCAGACCAAGAGCUGAAAGAACAUGCGGCGGAAAGGAAUGGGUUUGUUCGAAUCGCCGACCGUUUGGAUUGGGUUUUCAUGAUCCUUUUCAUAACUCUUCUAACCAUCCCCGUUAUUUACCUAUACGUUUAUCUUUAA